CGGACCAGCGGCCAGCGAUGGGAAGAGACGACAUGCUUUCUCUGGUGCUGCCCCUGCUGCUCGCCGCAGUCGCCCUGGCCGUGUGGCUGUGGGGGCAGCUGAGGCGCCCUCCGGGAUUCCCGCCAGGUCCGACUUGGCUUCCCUUGGUGGGCAACUACCAGGACAUGUGCCGGCUGAGCAAGAAGCUGGGAUCGCAGCACGAAGCGUUCACGUACUUAGCCCAGAAGUACGGAUCACCCGUGAUUGGCUUACAUCUGGGCGGCGAGCUGACCGUCAUCGUCUCCACCAGGAGCCUCAUACGCGAGGUGCUCACGCGACCCGAAUUUGAAGGACGGCCUCAGAACUUCUUCGCGCGCCUCCGCAGCCUGGGGCUGGGGAAAGGAGUAACGAUGGUGGCGGGCAAGUUGUGGCAGGAGCAGCGCGCCUUCGUGAUGCGCCACCUGCGCUCUCUGGGCUUCAGCGGGGCUGCUAUGCAGGCGUUGGUGGGAGAGGAGGUGCGCGCCCUGCUGGAAGAACUGAGUGACAGCCGUGAGAGACCGACGCAGCUCAAGCAGCUGCUGGUGCCCUCCGUGCUCAACGUCAUUUUCCACUUCUGCGCUGGCUACCGCUUCCCGCGCGGCGACCAGCUGGUGCAGACGCUGAUGGACCUGCAGGACGUGCGUUCGCGCGCCUUCGAUAUGACUGGUGGCAAACUCAGCGCCAUGCCGUGGCUGCGCUUCAUCCAGCCCGAGGCAACGGGCUACAACGCGAUCACCAAGUUCAACAAGAUAACAAGCGCCUUUUGUAUGAAACUUAUUGAAGACCACAAGGCCACAUAUGUUCCAGGGAAGAAGAGGGAUCUCAUAGAUGCAUAUUUGUGUGAAAUUGCAAAAGCUGAAGAAGCCCAAAAUAAUAACAGAACAUUUAUGGAGGAUCAGCUUCUCAGUGUGUUAUACGACAUGACUGUUGCUGGCUUGGAAGAAACAAGCAGCGCUCUUCAAUUUGCAUUUCUUAUGAUGUUACGGCAUCCAGAUGUCCAGGGACGAGUGCACAAUGAGAUAAAAGAAGCAGUUGGUACUGACAGAUUUCCAACACUCGAGGACAAAGACAGGUUGGUCUACACUAUGGCUGCCCUAAUGGAGUCAAUGAGAAUGUGUUAUGUGUUACCAAUACGUGGAUUUCGGCGCUUACUCGAAGACACCACGCUACACGGCUAUAGACUCCCAGUGUAUUCGAUGAGUGCCAUCUGGACGUUGCUAUCACCACUGAGGAAUGACUGGUCAAGUGACGUUAUGCGACGCAGUAUUCUUAAUACAACUGUGCUGGUAAACAACUGGUCGCUGCAGAUGGAUAAAGAACACUGGGGUGAUCCUGAAGUUUAUCGACCAGAGCGUUUCAUUAGUGAAACUGGACUACUUAGAGAGGAUGACAUAUUCUUGCCUUUUGGUCUUGGUCGACGUCGGUGUUUGGGGGAGCAGUUUUCAAAAAGCUUUUUAUUCCAAAUUUUUGCUGGAGUCUUGCAAAAAUUUCAACUUGUUCCUGCUGAUGGUACUGACCUGAAGCCUACUGCUUUUGAGGGCUUUAAUCUUGCACCAAAAACUUAUGACAUCAUUUUCAAAUCUCGAUAACUCUGCAAAAACAAUACAAAUGUACUUGUUUUCAUUAUUGUUGUAACAACCGAAUCAUAAUAGAUGAAUAUAUUUUAAUAAGUUUUAUUACAGAGUUAAUAACUUGUAAAUAAAUUUAUUAAAUUCUCAUCUCCAUACUACCAAAGCAUUACUUCCAAAAAUUUUAUUUAAAUUUGUGAGAGGAAAGAAAAUGGUGAAAAGUAGAGGUGAAGUUUAUAAAAAUUUGUUAUGUGAACAAGGAGAGGAGUGUUUUCAUAUUGACAGUUGUUGAUACACAGACCAUUAACAAACAAUUAAAUUCUAAUUUAAUUUCAAUACUAUACUUCGCAGUUUGUUUAUGUCUAUCUCAUUAACAACUGAAUGAUAUAAUAAUCUGUUAGGGAAACAAUCAUGUAGUGAUGGCCUGAUUUAUU